GGUUUUUUUCAGAUGCCAAAUGAGCUUGAAAAAGCAGGUUGGACGUGAUGUCAGAGAGUGAUGAAACAGGUCCGUUCGCAGGACCAGCGGUCAGGGCAUCAGAGAGCAGCUUCCCUAACGCCAGCAGGCUGGGGUCAUCGUGUUCCUGGAGGGUUUUGGCUAAAAGCUGGCUAAAGACCACAGAUUUGUGUGGUUUCUCCUCCCAUAUGUGUUUUAAUUGCUGAAACUACUUGGUUACUCAUUUUUUCCAGCUUGGUGUUUUUCUUUGCUCGAAAUGGGAAUUGUGGCUUUUUAUCAAAGUGCUUAAAACCCAGCAUUGGUUACUUCAAAUGCUUCUUGUGUCAGCAGUGGGACGAACUGCUCGAGGGCCAGGCGGGAAGCGUCCGGGACAGACCAGCCCCUCGCGAGGCCCACUCUUCCUUCCUCCUCCUCUUCUCACAGCAUGCCUCUUGUCUUUUCUCGAGAGAGAGGACUUAUGGAUGUGGUGCAGGAGCCUGGCGUGUCUGUUCAAGGUGCCGUGCCAGCUGAGUGGAAGUGCUCGACAUCGCUCGCCGUGGCUGCCCCGUGGCAGAGGGACCAUCCCCGCUGCUGUGGCUCGCUGCCAUCACACGGCCCCAGAGUCCCUGAAGUGUGCCUGGCAGUUACACGGCGACCACCUCGAGCUCCGGUAUGCAAACACCCUGAUGCGAUUCGAUUUUGUCUGGCUGCGGGACCACUGCCGCUCAGCUUCCUGCUACAAUGCCAAGACCAACCAGCGCAGCUUGGACACAGCUAGCGUGGACCUGGGAAUCAAACCCAAGGCUGUCCGAGUGGAUGAGGCCACNCUCUCCCCCAUCGAAGGGCCGGACGGGCACGUGACGCGGUAUGGGCUGGAGUGGCUGGUGAAGAACAGCUACGAGGGGCAGAAGCAGCAGGUCAUGCACCCGCGGAUUUUCUGGAACGCAGAAAUCUACCGCCAAGCCCAGGUCCCAUCUGUCGACUGCAGGAGUUUCCUGGAGACAGACGAGGGGCUGAAGGAAUUCCUACAAAACUUCUUGUUAUAUGGGAUUGCUUUUGUAGAGAACGUUGCUCCCACCAAAGAGGACACAGAAAUCUUAGCGGAAAGGAUCAGCUUGAUCAGGGAGACCAUCUAUGGUAGAAUGUGGUACUUCACCUCUGACUUCUCGCGGGGAGACACUGCCUACACCAAGCUGGCUCUGGAUCGUCACACCGACACAACCUACUUCCAGGAGCCCUGUGGCAUCCAAGUGUUUCACUGCCUGAAGCACGAGGGCACGGGCGGGCGGACGCUGCUGGUGGAUGGUUUCUACGCGGCUGAGCAGGUUCUCCGGCAAGCCCCCGAGCAAUUCGAGCUGCUCACCAAGGUGCCGUUGAAGCACGAGUACGUUGAGAACGUGGGAGACUGUCACAACCACAUGAUCGGAGUGGGGCCGGUCCUCAAUGUCUAUCCCUGGAACAACGAGCUUUAUCUGAUCAGGUACAAUAACUAUGAUCGUGCUGUCAUCAACACUGUGCCUUACGAUGUCGUGCAUCGCUGGUACGCUGCUCACCGCACACUCACCGCAGAGCUCAGGAGACCAGAGAAUGAACUGUGGGUCAAACUGAAGCCGGGCAAGGCACUGUUCAUCGAUAACUGGCGUGUCCUGCACGGACGGGAAGCGUUCACGGGGUACCGCCAGCUCUGCGGCUGCUACCUGACAAGAGAUGAUGUGCUGAACACCGCACGCGUGCUGGGACUCCAAGCUUAGCCCAGACCACCCUCCGCGGAGAGGCGGUCAGACCUCCGGCACCGCCGCGCUGGUGCGUCACCACGACGAAGAUGUUGCACAUACCUCAGACACCUCCGCCCUCUCCAAGCAGCUCUUGGUGCCUGCUCAGGAGGGGGAGCAGGUGGAAGCCAAAGGUUAUGGGAGCUUUAUGGGACCACGUUCUGCCUUUGAGCAUGGGCAGCUCUUGCUGUCUGUGCACCCAGCCUGGUCUUCCCAGCCUGUCAGUCUGUCCCAGCACUGCUGAGCAAGGGUUUAUCAUGCCACGGGAAGUGCUCCCAGCACCUAUUGAUGUGAAGUGCUCCUCCAGUCAAGUGCCUUCAGGAUUCUGAAAUCUUUGCAUUUUUCUCCUGUUCAGCCUUUUUGUCAGCUGGCAGUUCUAGUUUUUGGUUUUUAGCAGAGCAGAAUGGAAAUCUUUGGGGUCUUGUCUUGCCCCAGCCUAGAUUUUACCCUUUCUAGAGAAAAUAAAAAUCUAUGGUCCCUAUUUGAUGAAAAUGCCACUAAUCAAACUGAGGGCUCUUGGCAUAUUUCAGUGACUUCUCUCUUCUUAAGCGUAUGGUGUGCCCCUGUAACAGGCACUGAUACAAGCCACGCUGCUUGAGAGGUGGCCUGGAAGGAGAACCUGGUAUAGUUAGGGUAUUUCUGAAAAGGCUUAGUUUAGAAGGCAAGGGGGAAGUAGAGCAAGAUCUGCAUGUUGGGAAGGAGAGAUGGCUGUGUUAGAUGAGGGAGGUAUUCCUCGGUUCCCUUGACUUCCAGCAAUGUAAUGCUUGUGUUCUUUCUGCCUGUUGCGCUGUGCUUGCAUCAAGGGCGAAGGCUCAGCAGCUACGAGUUUCCCACUGUGCCUGCUCUUUCAUCCUUUCUGAAGAAGGAAUUUGUGUUAGGUCAUCGUUCCACUGGCUGCUGGAUGAGGCUGACCGCUUGGGUUUGGUUUUUCACCAGGUUCUCCUGCGUGUGAAGGUAAUGAGCACAGAGGUGCCUUUCAGCUCCUGGUAGCUGGGAGUAUGAGUUGGAGCCUGGCACAUUGAAGGGCCACAGCGUAAGGAACAAAAGCAAAUCCUAUCAUUAUUAGAAACAUUGGAAUUUUGGAACCAAGAGGGGAUUUUAGGAUUUGUUUAUCUUUCAUAUCUUUGGGGGUGGUCACUCUGCUCUGAUCUGACCUUAAAGCAGGGCUGGUCCCUUUCAUUCCUGGCUUUCCUGUGUAAGCUGGAUGCUCUUGUGUCCAGGGGGCAAGUGCAGUACAGAUGCCUGUGUGCUAAGCUUGCUGCCCUCGUUUAAUCUAAAUACUGCAUGUGUAGAUCCUGGUGUUAAGAGAGAGUCUGGAAAGCUUCUCUUCGUGUGGCCUGCACUGCCUGAUGCUGUCUUUCGCAGUAUUUCCCAUCUGUGGUGAGCCAGUGCUGCAGUCACCAGGAGCUGAAAGGGGUUUCCGAGUGAAGGCUUGGCAGGAGGCUGUUGAUCAGGGGAUGUGUGAGGGAGUGAAACGUGAGCAGUGGUGGCAGGUAAUAAAGCCUGAAGGCUUCUGUCAGCUACAUCUCCCAGCACCUGCAGACGGCAGCCUCAGACGCAGGAGGAACUUGAAUUUUCCUCUAGGCUGAGGCAGUGAGUUCCCUGAGCAGCCUGCAGCGUAUAUUCUGUUACUUCCUUUAUCAGGCAUUUUGCUCACAGGUUCUCCCUCGGUGCCAGUUACGCCAGCACAACUUGGAUGCAAAGUUUUACAGAUCUUGGCUAACCGUGUUGAAGUAGCAAACCGCAGUGGUUACGCACGCGGUCCCUCCCGCAGCCCAGCUCCCGUGCGCCGGGGUUGGUUUCUCCCUGUGCUUCUGGGUGAAGCCGUGGCCUGGAGCAUGGGGGGAAGAGGUGGUGACAAA